UUGCAGCGGUUCGCGAUAGGUGGGUGAUCGAAGUUUGGUGCUUGUACUUCACAUCUUGUCAUACAUUAUUUCGUGAAAGAACAGUUCUAUUUAUUCAGAUUACAACUAUGUUCGCGGCAAGACGUGCUUUGUUAUGCAGUACAAUCAAAGACAUGUGUACGAGAGCGAAGCACACGCUUCCUGAAUUACCUUAUGAUUACAAGGCUCUGGAGCCAAUCAUAUGUGCCGAAAUCAUGGAGCUACACCAUUCGAAGCAUCACGCAACAUACGUAAACAAUUUAAAUGUUGCCGAGGAAAAGUUGAAGGAAGCAGUUGCUAAAUGUGACGUCAAUACAGAGAUCGCGCUAGGGCCCGCACUGAAAUUCAAUGGGGGUGGUCAUUUAAAUCACUCGAUUUUUUGGUGCAAUUUGUCGCCAAGUGGCGGUAAACCAGAUGGUGCUCUUCUUAAGCAGAUCGAAAAGGAUUUUUGUAGCAUGGAAGAGAUGAAAAAACGUUUAUCUGAAAGUACUAUCGCUGUUCAGGGUUCUGGUUGGGGUUGGCUUGGUUACGAUAAACAAUCAAAAUCAUUAAGGAUAGCUGCAUGUGCUAAUCAAGAUCCAUUGCAAGCCACAACCGGCUUGAUACCGCUUUUCGGUAUCGAUGUUUGGGAGCAUGCCUAUUAUUUGCAAUACAAAAACGUACGGCCUGAUUACGUGAAGGCAAUCUUCGACAUUAUUAACUGGAACGACGUUAAUGCCCGUUUUAAGAAUGCUGCUGGAUGUUAGACUACAUGACCUCUUUUAGUGAUCGAGUUCGAGAGUAUAAUAGCAUCGAACGCGUUUUGUUAUGUAAUACGAAUUUUUUUCUGAAAGACAAUUUCGUACUUUCGCCGUUCCAUUCGUCUUAGAGAGGCGUUUGUGCUUUUCUAUACACACAUUUCAUAUAAAAUGUACCAUG